AUGUUCUUGCCUUCUAAGAAGGACCUCAAGACCACCCUGGAGGUCUUUGCUCUUUUCCAGUGGACCUUCUCUGCCUUGAUAAUUGCAACCCUCAUAAUCUUUGUCAACGUCUACCUGCUGCUGUUCACGCGGUACUGGCCUGUCCCCGUGCUCAUUAUCAUCUGGCUGGCUUUUGACUGGAAGACCCAGGAGAGAGGUGGCCGCCGCUUCAACUUCAUGAGGAGUUUCUGCUUGUGGAACCACUACCGUGACUACUUCCCCGUGAAGCUUUUGAAGACUCAUGACAUCUCCCCUGACCAAAACUACAUCCUUGUUUGCCACCCCCACGGGUUCCUGGCCCAUUCGUGGUUUUCCAACUUCGCCACAGAAACCACGGGCUUCUCCAAGCUCUUUCCCGGCAUCACCCCUGACGUGCUCACACUGGGAGUCUUUUUCUGGCUGCCUUUACUUAGAGACUAUGUCAUGGCAUUAGGACUCUGCUCUGUGAGCCCAUCCUCCAUUGACUAUCUGCUUACCCACAAUGGCACCGGCAAUAUGCUGGUGGUGGUAGUCGGUGGCCUGGCAGAGUGUAGGCUCAGCUUCCCAGGGUGUACCAUGCUGUUCUUGAAGAAUCGGAACGGGUUUGUGCGCAAGGCUCUUCAGCACGGGGUGCCUCUAAUCCCUGCCUAUUCAUUUGGGGAGAUGGAACUCUACGAUCACCACGUUUUCACUCCUGGGAGCUUGGUCAGUCGCUUCCAGCAGUGGUUCCAGAGAAUGACCCACAUCUACCUUGGUGCUUUCUCUGGACGUGGCUUCACUGAGAACUCCUGGGGCCUCCUGCCCUAUGCUCGGCCCCUAACCACCAUUGUCGGGGAGCCUUUGCCCAUGCCCAAGAUUGAGAAGCCGAGCAGGGAGGAGGUGGACAAAUACCACAUGCUCUAUGUAGAAACCUUGCAGAAACUGUUCAACCAGCAUAAGACCAAGUUUGGCAUCCCAGAGACCCAGAAACUGAUGAUAGUCUGA